AUGGCUGAUACAAAUUCUAAUGAUACUGUAAUGGGUGAAGUCAAUACAGCAGUUGCAACUACAGAUACAAAUACAAAUACAACAGCCACUACUACCAAUACAGCCACCGAGCAACCAACCACCACUAGAAUAGAAGAGGUAAAAUCAGUUAAAUCACAAAGAAUUGCAACACAUAGUCAUAUUAAAGGUUUAGGUUUAAAUGAAAAUGGUUCAGCUACAGAAAUUGCAGAUGGUUUAGUUGGUCAAGUUAAAGCAAGAGAGGCUGCAGGUAUUGUUACAGAAUUAAUUAAAUCAAAAAAAAUGGCUGGUAAAGCAUUAUUAUUAGCAGGUCCACCAGGUACAGGUAAAACAGCAUUAGCAUUGGCAAUUUCACAAGAGUUGGGUAGUAAAGUUCCAUUUUGUCCAAUGGUUGGUUCAGAAGUUUAUUCAUCAGAAGUUAAAAAGACAGAAAUUUUAAUGGAAAACUUUAGACGUUCAAUUGGAUUAAGAGUUAAAGAAAUUAAAGAAGUUUAUGAAGGUGAGGUUACAGAAAUCACCCCAGAAGAAACUGAUAACCCAUUAGGGGGUUAUGGUAAAACUAUAUCACAUGUUGUAAUCGGAUUAAAAACAACUAAAGGUACAAAACAACUUAAACUUGAUCCAACCAUUUAUGAAUCAAUUCAAAAAGAGAAAAUUACAGUAGGUGAUGUUAUUUAUAUUGAAGCCAAUAGUGGUUCAGUUAAAAGAGUUGGUCGUUCAGAUUUUUAUGCUACCGAACACGAUUUAGAAGCCGAAGAAUAUGUACCAUUACCAAAAGGUGAAGUAUUUAAAAAGAAAGAUAUUAUUCAAGAUGUUACACUUCAUGAUUUAGAUUUAGCCAAUGCCAAACCACAAGGUGGUCAAGAUAUAAUGUCAAUGAUGGGUCAAAUGAUGAAACCAAAAAAAACAGAAAUUACAGAAAAACUUCGUUUGGAAAUUAAUAAAAUUGUUAACAAAUACAUUGAACAAGGUGUUGCAGAGUUAGUACCAGGUGUUUUAUUCAUCGAUGAAGUUCACAUGCUCGAUAUUGAGUGUUUCUCUUAUCUUAACAGAGCAUUAGAGUCAACAUUAGCACCAAUUGUUAUUUUUGCAACCAACCGUGGAAAUUGUGUUAUUAAAGGAACUGACAACGAUAUUCAAUCACCACAUGGUAUCCCAGUUGAUCUUUUAGAUCGUUUAAUGAUCAUUCGUACUCUCCCAUAUAACUAUACAGAAAUUGUUCAAAUUCUUACAAUUCGUGCAACCAUUGAAGGCCAUAAAAUUGAAGAUGAUGCUCUUCAAUAUCUUGCUGAAAUUGGUACUAAUGCUUCACUCAGAUAUUCAAUUCAACUUUUAACUCCAGCUUCAAUCCUCUCAAAAACCUAUGGCAGACCCUCAAUUACAAAAGAAGACAUUGAAGAGGUUAAUACAUUAUUUAAUGAUGCUAAAACUUCUGCAAAAUUAUUAGAGCAAAAUAAAUCAAAAUAUUUAUAUUAA